AUGCAGUGGAUACUUUUCAUGUUGCUGUUAUUCAUCAACUCCAUGGAAAUGCGCAUGCAGAACAGAAGGAAGAAACAAGCGAGCGCUGGCUUGUUUGAGAACUGCACGGGCUGCGUCAUGUGCUCGGAGGAUAACGGGUGCAUUGCCUGCCAGCAGCGUCUCUUCCUGCUGAUCUGGAGGGAUGGAAUCCGCCAGUACGGGGCGUGCGUCCACGCCUGCCCGCCUGGCUACUUUGGGCUGCGAGGCCAAGAGGUCAACAGAUGCACAAAGUGCAGGUCGCCGAGCUGCGAGAGCUGCUUCAGCAAAGAUUUCUGCAUGAAAUGCAAAGAGAAGUUUUAUUUGCACAAAGGGAAGUGUUUCAGCACGUGCCCGCCGAACACCACGGCCCAGGCCAGCACCAGGGAGUGCCAGGAGAUGUGUGAGAUGGGACCCUGGAGCGAAUGGAGCCCCUGCAGCAAUGAGGGGAGAACAUGUGGCUGCAAGUGGGGAUCGAAGACCAGGGCACGCGAAGUCGUCAGGAGCACCAGAGAGGAGGCGGUGCCCUGCCCGGCCCUGCUGGACUCCAGGAAGUGUAGAAUGAGGAAGCAUUGCCCUGGAGAGAAGCCCGAGACCAUCAAGAAAACAAAAAGGGAAAAGAAACAAAAGAAGCAGAAGGCAGAUUCGCUGGCAUGCACCUAA